AUGGCGAACAAUGUGCCGUAUAGGAAUCACUACCAAUAUGGCUACUAUAACAAUGGGUUGAAUUACAACAACUAUCACCAAUACUAUCCAAGUUACCAAAAUUACCACGUCAACUAUCCAAUGAAUGGCAAUUAUUCCACCAGUAACAACUAUAUACCAAAUAACAACUUCCCAUGGGCAAACAAUUAUAACAACAGUGUCCAAUACAACAACAAGUAUAAGAAAAACAAUAAAUACGUCCCAAAAACAUUUGAUUGUGGAGUUUGCAACCUCUUUUUUAAGAAUAAUUGGCAGCUUCAAGAGCAUAUCAGCGACACGCAUAUCAAGUGUAAUCACGAGGACUGUAGCUUUAAUGGGCCUCUCGAGAUACUAGAAAUACAUAAAUUAAAACACAUCAAAAAUGAAAACGGGGAGUCGUUGAUAGAUUCCAAGGAAGAAACGAUGAAAUGGAUCAAUUCGAGGAAGUCGAAGUUCCCUAGGUCAAAUUCACCAAAUAGCAUUUCAAAUGACCCUAAUGAUAAGACGAUAGACAAAGUAGCAGGUAGUACAUCGCAAGAAGCACCUAAAUCUGGGAAGAAUACAGCGAAUUUGGGUAAAGAUGUCCUCAACACACGUAAUGAGGACCCUCAUACAAGUGAUCCUAGUGGAAUCAGUAAGGUGGAGAAUGUGGAUAAAAUUGAGCAGAGCAUGUUAGAAAUAUACCUCCGUAACAAUAUGAAAAAUAAAACAGUGAGUAAAAGGACAAAAAAAUCAAUCAUUUGCCCACUAUUGAAUAAAAUAUAUAAACAGCCGAGUGCUCUAAUAAGGUACACAAACCCGUAUAAAUAUGAAAAUUUACUGAGGAGAAUGGACGCACUGAAUACACCAUACAGCUUUAAUUCGUCGAUAAUAGAAAAGAAGCAAUAUAAUAAAAAAUAUACAAUAUACUCAAUUCCAAAGAGACCUCCAGCAUAUUUGGAAUUGAUUAGAAGUGAUGUCGAAAGGUUGGAUUCACUUGUGGUGGAGGCUAUAAGAGCAAUUCAAUAUCUGAAGUCCAACGAGAAGUGUGUUAAUAUAAAGAGGUACGCAGGAUGUGUGGCCGCAGUCGACGCAAUGUGCUGGAUUCACAGGUCAAUGGUGUCCUCAGCAGUGGCAAACGUGAGAGGAGAGAUGAGCGACAAGUUCCUGAAGUUCAUCAUCUCGAUGCUGUCGCUGCUCCUGUCAUACAACAUCACACCAAUCAUGGUCUUUGACGGCUACGAAAUGCCGGCAAAAAAGGCGGAGAAUAUGAUGAGAAGGGAGCGGAGAGAGAAGGCGAAGAAGGAGGCGCUGGAAAUGAUAGCGAAAAACAAAAAUAAAAUUAACACUGAAAUAAUGAAAAAGUGUAUGCAGGCCAUACACAUAACGCCUGAGAUCAUAUACAGAGUGAUAUCAGUGUGCAAGAAGAUCAACGUUGCAGUGAUAGUGUCGCCGUUCGAGGCGGACGCACAAGUUUCAUACCUGUGUAGAUCAGGAAUUGCGGACAUUGCAAUCAGCGAGGACAGCGACCUGGUGGUGUACGGAUGCCCGAAGAUCAUAUACAAGUUGGACAAGGAGGGCAAGGGAGUGGAGUUGAAUGUGCCGUUUAACGCGUUUAAGGCGGCACCGGGGCCAAAGAAGAGAAAGGAAGUAAAGUUUGAAAAGCCGGAGGAAAGGAGCGGAGAGGAGAGCAUGGACCUGGAUAGUAAGGAUGAAGAGGAAAAGCAUACCAACAAGAGCGACUAUGCUGAGAAAGAUGCAAGAAUAUUCAAGGGGCUGAACCACAGAAUGUUCGUAGUCAUGUGUGUGCUGAGCGGCACAGAUUACGACGACGGGUACCACAUUAACGGAAUGGGCCUGAAGGUGGCAUACAGGCUUAUACUGGAGCACGAGCGCCUGGAAGGAGUGCUCAAGUCAGUGUACGAAGACGCAAAGUGGUCGAGUAAGCUGGCAGAAUACAAGUUCGAAGACAUACUGCUGCACUACGAGAACGUGUGCAAGAUAUUCCUGCACAACAUAGUCUUCGACCCGAAGAAGCACCAGCUGAUACACAUUAACCCGAUCAGUAACCUGGACAACAUGUCCACGAACAAGCUGGAGCUGCUGAAGGAGGAGGUGGGCGAGUACAAGUUCAUCUACGACAUGAGCGCAUUCCUGAUCAACAAGAACGUCAACUUCAUCAACGUGGCCAAGGGGCUAAUAUCAGUGGCCGACGACAUGGAGAUAGACUACGUGCUGACGGAGUAUGACCUGAAGGCAAUAGAGGCGGUGACGAACAAGAUUAAGUUUGACCUCUACAGACUGCCAGACACGCCAGCGAAGGCGCGAAACGUAGGAGCAAGCGCCUUAGCUGCCUACAGAGAAGGUAACGUGUCGCCAUCGAGGAAAUCGGCAGUCAGCAGGUCGCCAAGCCUAAAGUCACGCAGUGGAUCGGCAACUCCCAAGUCGUCAUCAAGGUCGCCAAGCGUAAAGUCGGAAGGCAGUAAGUCGUCCAAGAGUGGCAGAAAGAGGUCACGAAACGUGUCGCCAAGCAAAUUAGGCAAAAAGGGCAGCAGGUAUGCCGAUAAAUCAGAUAGAUCGCCAAGAAACCCCGGGUAUAAAUCGCCCGGCAAGUCGUCUGAUAAGUCUAACACGUCGCCGAGAAACCCUGGUGACGGAUCCCCGAAUAAACCUUUUGAUAAAUCCAAUAAGUCACCGAGUAAGCCUGGCCAUAGAUCGCCGAGUAAGCACGCUGAUAAGUUUCAGACUAAGUCGUCUCCAAAGUCACAUGGCAGGACUGGUGGUAAGCCAACGCACAGUCCCACAGCCAAAACAGCUAGUAGGCCGCAAGACAAGGGCACAGUGGUCACUGCAGCGGCCGAUAAUGCACGCGUUACCACGGCGAGUGGUAAAUUGGCAGCCGACAUCCUGGAAAAUCACGUAGUUAACGCGGAAGCCUCUUCAAAGAAAUUCGAUGCGGGCAGUAAGAUUAUCUUUAAGACGAGCGACAAGCUGAAGCACACUAAACACUCGUUUGCAGACGGUACAAUGAAGCUAAAAAAUGAAAAUAAACGGCUUCUGAAUAGUAAGGGAGUGGUACAGAAUCUGUUGAACGGCACGGAAACAUAUACGGUAAAGAGAGCGAGGAAUUGA